UGGAGGUUGCAGUGAGCGACAAUUGCAUCACUGCUCUGCAGCCUGGGUGACAGAAUGAGAACUCUGUCUCUAGGGGGAAAAAAAAAUCGGAAACUCGGGCUGAGAGAGGGCAGGUCACCUGCCAGAGGCCCACAGGUGGUGUUGGCCCUGCUGCACCUGGAGGGUGGUUCUCUCCCAGCCAGCCUUUCAGGUAGGCACUGUGGCUGUCCCCAUAGCACAGAUGCGAAAGCUGCGUCACAGAGAACUUGUUAGGUGACUUCCCCAAGGUCACACAGCGGCCAGGGGUGGAGGUGGAAAUCUGAGUAGGGCGGUCUGGCUUCAAUGUAAACAUGCAUCACUGCUGCACCUGGCUGUCCUAGAGAUGGCUCUCAAAGACAGCAUGCAGAGAGAGGUGUGGGGCACGGUGGUGGCCAGAGAAGGAGCCCCAGCCCCUCCCGGGCCUGUCCCCACAUGAGGGGCAGCCUCACACGGCCUCUCUGCUUCUCCCGCCAGCACCUCUGAGACGUCCCUGUACCAGGUCCUGCUGGGGGCAAGGCAGCUAGUGCAGCCAGGGCCGCAUGCUGUGUAUGCCCGGGUGAGGCGGGUGGAGAGCAACCCCCUGUACCAGGGCAUGGCCUCCAGUGCCGACGUGGCCCUGGUGGAGCUGGAGGCACCAGUGUCCUUCACCAAUUACAUCCUCCCCGUGUGCCUGCCCGACCCCUCGGUGAUCUUUGAGACGGGCAUGAACUGCUGGGUCACUGGUUGGGGCAGCUCCAGUGAGCAAGACCGCCUGCCCAACCCGCGGAUCCUGCAGAAACUCGCUGUGCCCAUCAUUGACACGCCCAGGUGCAACCUGCUCUACAGCAAAGACGCUGAAUUUGGCUACCAACCUAAAACCAUCAAGAAUGACAUGCUGUGCGCUGGCUUCGAGGAGGGCAAGAAGGACGCCUGCAAGGGCGACUCAGGCGGCCCCCUGGUGUGCCUCGUGGGUCAGUCAUGGCUGCAGGCCGGGGUGAUCAGCUGGGGUGAAGGCUGCGCCCGGCAGAACCGCCCAGGUGUCUACAUCCGUGUCACUGCCCACCACAACUGGAUCCAUCAGAUCAUCCCCACACUGCAGUUCCAGCCAGCAAGGUCAGGCGGCCAGAAGCCAGACCCUCGGGGCCAGAAGCCCCUUGAGCAGAGCUCUGCACCCAGCCUGGCUGCCUACACCAUCCUGCUGGUUCUCCCAGCGCUGCUGUUGCACCCCUGAGCCCCACCAGACUCAUUUGUAAAUAGUGCUCCUUCCUCCCCUCUCAAAUACCGUUAUUUUAUUUAUGUUUCCUCCAAUAAAAACCCAGCCUGUGUGCCAGCUGCCCACGUGGGGAUCCUUGGGCGACCCCAGCUGGUGAGGAGCUGUGAGUUGCAGAACAAGGCCCAGGCGGGAGAUGUGGA